AUGGCUGCGGAGGAUGCGGCCGCGCGGUACCGGAGCGGAGCCCCGCUCUCCCAGCGGGCUGCGCUCUCGCCGCUCCGCCUGCUGCUCUUCUCCCUGUGCGCCUGCUCGCUGCUUCCCGCCCCGGCGCUCGGUCUGCUCGGCUUUCGACCGGAGGAGACCGGGGCGGAGCUGUCCGUGGAGGACGGGGUGCUGAAAGCCACCGAGGGAACGCGCUUCAUGCUGCGGGUCUACUACUCCACCUCCCCGCAGAGGCUCAACCGCACCGCGGGAAAGCGUGCCAACAAUGCCGCGCCCUGGAUCGCCUUCAUCGAGGAGCCUACUCCCGGCCGAGAGGGACAAGUUCACCCGAAGCGGAAUAUGUGCAUGGACAAGAACGCCCGGACGUCCGACAUCGAGGUUUUAGGCUCCUUUAAGUCCGCCUCCAGUCAGAACUCGGUGCUGGUCGAACUGUUGGCCAAAGACCUGCGGAGGGGAGAGAAGACCAAAUACUACUCCAUGUGCGCCUUCGACGGAUCCAAGUGGGAGCACUACCGGACCAGGGACUUCUGGGUGGCCGUGACCGAGCGCUCGGCUGUGCCGGAGCUCUGGCUGCAGGUGCUGGUCUCAGUCCUCCUGCUCGGGCUGUCAGCUCUGUUCAGCGGACUCAACUUGAGCCUGCUGGCGCUGGACCCGGUGGAGCUGCAGGUGCUCCAGAACAGCGGCACCGACACGGAGCAGAACUACGCGCGGAAAAUCGAGUCUGUCCGUCGGCAUGGAAACUACGUCCUGUGCACUUUACUGCUGGGGAACGCGAUCAUCAACGCCUCUCUCGCCGUGUGGAUGUGUCAGAUCCUGGGCAUGACCUGGCUCUCUACCGUCAUCUGCGCCUUCGGCAUCUUCUUCAUCGGGGAGAUCCUUCCUCACUCAGUGGCGUCCCGCCACGGUCUGGCCAUCGCUUCCAAAACCAUCUGGGUGACACGGCUGCUGAUGGUGCUCUCCUUCCCCAUCUCCUACCCCAUUAGCAAGCUGCUGGACCUCAUCCUCAACCAGGAGAUCUCCAACUUCUACACCAGAGAGAAGCUCCUGGAGAUGCUGCGUGUCACCGACCCGUACCACGACCUGGUCAAAGAGGAGCUCAACAUCAUCCAAGGAGCGCUGGAGCUGCGAACCAAAACCGUGGAGGACGUCCUGACGCCGCUCACCGACUGCUUCAUGCUGGCCUCGGACGUGGUGCUGGACUUCAACACCAUGUCUGAGAUCAUGCAGAGCGGAUACACCAGGAUACCGGUGUUUGAGAACGAGAGGUCCAACAUCGUGGACAUCCUGUUCGUCAAGGACCUGGCCUUCGUGGACCCGGACGACUGCACGCCGCUGAAGACCAUCACUCAGUUCUACAAACACCCGCUGCACUGCGUCUUCAACGACACCAAGCUGGACGCCAUGCUGGAGGAGUUCAAGAAAGGGAAGUCCCACCUCGCCAUUGUGCAGCGCGUGAACAACGAGGGCGAAGGCGACCCGUUCUACGAGGUGAUGGGCAUCGUCACCCUGGAGGACGUCAUCGAGGAAAUCAUCAAGUCGGAGAUCCUGGAUGAGACAGACCUCUACACUGACAAUCGCACGAAGCGGCGAGUUUCUCACCACGAGCGAAAGCAGCAGGACUUCUCCAUCUUCAAACUGUCGGAGAACGAGAUGAAAGUGAAGAUUUCUCCUCAGCUCCUCCUGGCAACGCAUCGCUUCCUCUCCACAGAGGUGGAGCCCUUCAAACCAGCUCACAUCUCAGAGAAGAUCCUGCUGAGGCUCAUUAAACACCCCAGUGUGGUUCAGGAGCUCAAGUUUGACGAGCGGAACAAGCGAGCGCCGCAGCACUUCCUGUUCCAGCGCAACAAACCGGUGGACUACUUCAUCCUGGUGCUGCAGGGUCGAGUCGAGGUGGAGUUUGGUAAAGAGGCGCUCAAGUUUGAGAACGGAGCUUUUUCUUACUUCGGGGUGCCGGCCAUCAUGCCAACAGUCCACAGAUCGCCGUCUCGCAGCAGCGGUCUGGACCGCUCCGAGUCGAUGCUGUACGGAGGAAGCAUGGGCCAGCUGAAUGGAGGGGGGAACGUCUACCUGCCCGACUACUCCGUCAGACAGCUCACACACCUUCAGAUCAUCAAGAUCACCCGCAGCCACUACCAGAACGCCGUAACGGCCACCCGCAUGGACAGCUCUCCUCAGACUCCGGAUGCCGACACUCGUCUGACAGAAGGCAACAGUCCGACCCCGGAGCCGCCGGCCGCGGAGCACGCAGCCACGCUGAUGCCCCCGGAGCACCACACCACCACCACCACCACCACCGCCACCACCCUCAUGCCCCCGCCCAGGGAGCCCAGCAGGCCCAGCUCCGCCCGAAGCCGAGGACAGCAGUCCAGCGUCCCUCACAGCACCUCGCUGCUGAACGAGAAGAACCGCAUCGUCCGCAGCAAGUCGGACGGCCAGAAGAGUCCCAGUGACUCGGUGUUUCUCAGGAUGGAUGAGAUCCCCUACAUCAGAGAGGACCGAUCCGAGACUGAAGCACACGCUGAUGUGGCCUCUGUUCCCAUAGAAACGGACACGUCGCCUUUCAUCAGCAGCCUGUCGCUGAGCGGUUCAGAGGACACGCUGGGCAAGAAACUGCUGCUCAAACUCAGCCACAAGAAGAGGAAAAAAUCUCGCGAAGGAGAGAAGACGCCGGAGGACAUUUCAGAGCAGCCACUGGUGCAGACCUAG